GUGAAAGUUACUUUCCUCUUUCUCCUAGAUGCCAUCAUGGCUGCAAGAAGCCAGGUACAAGAUCUCCAAGAGGCUGUUUUUUGUUCCAUUUGCCUGGAUUAUUUUAACGAUCCGGUGAUUUUGAAGUGCGGGCACAACUUCUGCCGAGUCUGCAUCACUCAGUACUGCGAGGACUCUCAAAACUCCCCCUCCUAUUCCUGCCCCCAGUGCAGAGAAGCCUUCCAGGAAGGAGAAUUCCAGCCUAACCGGCAGCUGAGGAAUAUAGUUGAAAUAGCCAAAAAAUUCCCAGACCCAAAGAAGAAUAAAGCAUGUGAAAAACAUGGGGAGUUUCUGAAACUCUUCUGUGAAGUGGAUCAAACCACCAUCUGUCUGGUCUGCAGAGAGUCCUCCGGUCACAAAGAACACUCCGUGGUGCCAAUCGAGGAGGCUGCCCCAGAUUACAAGGACCAAAUUCAGAGCCAUUUGGAGAGUUUGAAGAAAGAGAGAGACGAGAUUCUGACGUAUAAAUCGAGUGGGGAAAAUACAAGCCAGGAACUACUGAAACAGCUAGAAACUGAGAGGCAAAAGAUUGUGUCUGAAUUUCAGCAACUGCGCCAGUUUCUGGAGGAACAAGAGCAACUCCUGCUGACCCAGCUGGAAGAGCUGAUUAAAGAAAUUGAAAAGAGGAGGGAUGAAUAUGUUGCCAAACUAUCUGAGGAACUAUCCUCUUUCAGUUCCCUGAUCAGUGAGAUGGAGCAGAAGUGCCAGCAGCCAGCGAGUGAAUUCCUGCAGGACAUCAAAGGCACCUUGAGCAGAUGCAAGAGGGAGAAGUUUCAGAACCCAGUGGCCUUUUCUUCUGACCUGAAAUGGAGAAUCUGGGAAUCUUCUCAAAACUCUGCAGUUCUGGUGACCAUAGUGAAGAAAUUCAAAGACUCACUGUCGUCCUAGACAGCGGUUGGACAA